AUGGGCAUCCCCAAGAACCCUUCGGCCACAGUGGCUGGAGCCAAAUCCCGACGUGGUAGAUUUCCCAAGGCCAAGCAGGCUAUCAACCCCAUCUUGACCCCUAAGGAUGCAUCCAUCUUUGAGAAGCACUUCCUCUGGCUCUGGGCUCGUUACCUUCAUACCGCUGACUCUCCCGCUACCCACGCCGAAAUCGCAGGUACUCUUGGCAUUACCGCGGCAAUUUCCAAACACCGCCUUGCGAAAACGAAGGAACUCGUUGCUGCUAUUCAGAAGCGUGCGCAAAUCGAGUUGGGCGAAGAUAAGGAUACCAAAGAGAAACUCGGUCAAGCUGAGGAAUCCGAGACCUCCACUGAGAAAACAAUUCAGAAAAAGGAAGUGGUUGACGCUGAUCUUCUUGGAUCCAUUGAAAAGCAUGUUGAAAAUGACGAGGUCAUCGAAGAUGCUAAGGUCACCAUUAAGCUUGAGAACUUCGAGGAUUGA